AACCCGGAGGCGGAAGUCACUUUGGGAAACGGAAAACCUCCGAACCGGCUUUUAACGCCGGUUGAGAUCGAGACUGGGGAGUUUUGGGGGGCGGGUGGAGAGCAGGUACUGUGCUGGAUGCGGCCCCUGCCUCCCCGGAUCCUAAAGCUAGGACUUUGGCCACGCUGCAGCCCCAGUUCGGGUAACGUUUCCCUUCACGCCCCAACCGGAGACAGAGCCUAGCCGACCCGCAGGCACCAGAGUUCCAGACGGAGAGCGAGAGAGGGGGACGAGGACAGCGGGGAGGACCCUGCUGUACCAGAACAUAUGCAUCUUCCGUGCUUGGUUUCAUCUUACACUAGAGACAUCCAGGGAUGAUACAUUCUUGCCUUGUAUUUUUUCACCUCAGAAUUCAACCGCUUCAAUGCAGAAUCCUGACUCUUUGCUUACUGGGACACACAUAACCUCAAUGAACACCUUCUGGACUGGUCCUUUCUGGUGACUGUUUGGCUUUUUUUUUUUUUUUUCCUUGUACAAGUUAGAAGGCAAGUGAAAGGAGUAAAAGUUACCUGCUUUGGUGAAUGACUUGGCUCUCAGAACAUGGGCCCUCGUUUAAAGUUGCGGCUGUGAUCCUCGGCUGUCUGUUGGCAUUGAAGAGACCUGAUGUUUUACGUCAUUGGUGGAAUCACAGUGUCUGUGGUUGCAUUCUUCUUCACAAUUAAGUUCCUCUUUGAGCUUGCCGCACGUGUAGUCAGCUUUCUUCAGAAUGAAGACCGUGAGCGCCGAGGGGACCGGACUAUUUAUGACUACGUGCGGGGAAAUUACCUGGAUCCCCGGUCCUGCAAAGUGUUCUGGGAUUGGAAGGACCCCUAUGAGGUGGGCCACAGCAUGGCCUUCCGAGUGCAUUUGUUCUAUAAGAAUGGACAGCCUUUCCCCGCCCAUCGGCCCGUGGGACUGCGAGUUCACAUCUCUCACGUCGAACUAGCAGUGGAAAUUCCAGUGACCCAGGAAGUCCUCCAAGAGCCAAAUUCCAACGUGGUAAAGGUGGCUUUCACUGUGCGCAAGGCGGGGCGUUACGAGAUCACUGUGAAGCUCGGUGGAUUAAAUGUGGCCUAUAGUCCCUACUACAAAAUUUUUCAGCCUGGAAUGGUGGUUCCUUCCAAAACCAAAAUUGUGUGCCAUUUUUCCACUCUUGUGCUGACCUGUGGUCAGCCACACACUCUGCAGAUAGUGCCCCGAGAUGAGUAUGACAACCCAACCAACAACUCCAUGUCCCUGAGAGAUGAGCACAACUACACCUUGUCCAUUCAUGAGCUCGGUGCUCAAGAAGACAAGAACAAUGAAGUCUCAUUUGAGAAGUCGGUGACAUCCAACAAGCAGACGUGCCAGGUGUUCCUGCGACUCACCCUGCAUUCUCGAGGUUGCUUCCGUGCCUGCAUCUCAUACCAGAACCAGCCCAUCAAUAAUGGCGAAUUUGACAUGAUUGUCCUUAGUGAGAAUGAGAAGAAUAUUGUCGAACGCAACGUGUCCACCUCCGGGGUGAGCAUCUACUUCGAGGCUUACCUUUACAACGCCAACAACUGCACAGGUGCGCCGUGGCAUCUUCCUCCCUUGCACAUGAGCUCCUCUCAGCGCCGGCCCUCCACCGCUGCUGAGGAGGAUGAUGAAGACUCACCCUCUGAGUGCCACACCCCUGAGAAGGUGAAGAAACCCAAGAAGGUGUACUGCUAUGUGUCACCAAAGCAAUUCUCAGUGAAGGAAUUCUACCUGAAAAUCAUCCCCUGGCGCCUCUACACCUUCCGAGUGUGCCCUGGAACAAAGUUUUCCUAUCUUGGCCCUGACCCUGUUCACAAGCUCCUCACCCUGGUGGUGGAUGAUGGCAUUCAACCUCCUGUGGAGCUCAGCUGCAAGGAAAGGAACAUUCUAGCUGCCACUUUCAUCCGUUCCCUGCACAAGAACAUCGGAGGCUCGGAGACGUUUCAAGACAAGGUGGACUUUUUCCAGCGAGAGCUUCGGCAGGUACACAUGAAGAGACCUCAUUCCAAAGUUACCCUGAAGGUCAGCAGACAUGCCCUGUUGGAAUCGUCUUUGAAGGCCACACGGAACUUUUCCAUCUCAGAUUGGAGCAAGAACUUUGAAGUGGUUUUUCAGGAUGAAGAAGCUUUGGAUUGGGGAGGGCCUCGCCGGGAAUGGUUUGAGCUAAUCUGCAAAGCACUGUUUGAUACCACCAGUCAGCUCUUCACUCGGUUCAGUGACAACAACCAAGCACUAGUGCAUCCUAACCCCAAUCGGCCGGCUCACCUGCGCUUAAAGAUGUAUGAGUUUGCAGGGCGGCUGGUGGGCAAGUGUUUGUAUGAGUCCUCUCUGGGAGGAGCUUACAAGCAGUUGGUCCGUGCCCGGUUCACUCGGUCUUUCCUGGCCCAAAUCAUAGGACUUCGUAUGCAUUACAAGUACUUUGAAACAGAUGACCCAGAAUUCUACAAGUCCAAAGUUUGCUUUAUCCUCAACAAUGACAUGAGUGAGAUGGAUCUGGUCUUUGCAGAAGAAAAAUAUAACAAAUCAGGUCAACUGGAUAAGAUUAUAGAACUCAUGACAGGUGGAGCUCAAACCCCAGUCACCAAUGCAAAUAAAAUCUUCUAUUUAAACUUGCUAGCCCAGUACCGGCUGGCCAGUCAAGUGAAAGAGGAGGUGGAGCAUUUCCUAAAAGGCUUGAAUGAGUUGGUUCCUGAGAAUCUUUUGGCAAUUUUUGAUGAGAAUGAGCUUGAGCUGCUGAUGUGUGGGACCGGAGACAUCAGUGUGUCUGACUUCAAAGCCCAUGCUGUAGUGGUUGGUGGCUCUUGGCAUUUCAGAGAAAAGGUCAUGAGAUGGUUCUGGACUGUGGUUUCCAGUCUGACCCAGGAGGAACUGGCUCGGCUACUUCAGUUCACAACAGGCUCCUCUCAGCUUCCCCCUGGAGGCUUUGCUGCCCUCUGUCCCUCAUUUCAGAUUAUCGCUGCUCCAACCCACAGCACUCUUCCUACUGCACACACAUGUUUUAACCAGCUGUGCCUCCCUACAUAUGACUCCUAUGAAGAGGUGCACAGGAUGCUGCAGCUGGCCAUCAGUGAGGGUUGCGAGGGCUUCGGCAUGCUCUGACCGCUCCUGUCACUCUCUAGAGCAUCUGAACACAGGUCAACAAGCGUAACCACUGACCUUAACACACAUAACCACUAGCCAGAAGAUACUGCAUGCUCCCUCAUGUCUGGAGUAUUCUGUCAUCUACAGCAUCGCUCUUACCUCACCCCCUCUGUGUCCACAUUUACCACAGGCCACUUGGGUACUCAGUCAUGAGAAGAGGACCAUGCUGCUGCCAUUUCCUUUGGUCCUUUGAAGAUCUCUGUAGCUGGAUCCACCCCAGUGGCUGGGAGGAAUGGGUGACAUGGAGGACUCAGUUCUGUUGGAAAACUGGCGUGUGAGACCCUGUACGCCAUGCCUUGUUCCAGCACCCUCUGCUCUUUGGAAGUACCCUUCUUGAUCUCACUCCAUGACCAGACUGGCAUAUGAUCCCUUCUGGGCAACCUCUCACCUCUUCUCAUCACUAGACAGGAGAAGCAUAGAUAGAAAGUGGCUCACACAGCCAUCUGAUUUGGCCUCCCACAUCAUGGCAGGCACAGGCCCUGGCACUGAUGGGGACUGAUAAAGAUCUCUUUGUGGUGACACUGGAAAAGACUCUCCCUGCAGGCCUUUUUGAAGAUGCUCAUUAAUCUAUGAAGAAUGUGCUAAGCUUUCUCUUGAGUGUGAAGGAUGGCUGUGCGUGGCCUCCCGUGGCUGUGCUGUGGCCUUCCGUGGCUGUGCUUCUCUCGGGGGAAGGGCCGUGUCCGGGCAUGUGGAUGGCUUGAAGACUAUUGAUGCCUUUCUCUGAGCUUCUUGUUUGCACUGAAGGCUAGCGUGGCCUGACCACUGACCUCCGUCUUUAUGCAGUCUGUUAGGAGCUGUCUUUAGCAUUCUUCUGGUGGGACUGGGGAGCAAAGGACCGGAACAGUAAACAUAGCUUACCAGCCUCCCUUGGGUGGUUCUGGUAGCACUGAGGCAGAAGAACUGCCAUCACAGAUCAUGGUCAGGCCACUGGGGAGAGACAUGUGGAGAUCCAGCAGCAGUACCUUGUCAGUUACCAGGAAGGGGAACCAAGGAGGGAGAAAGCUAUAUUGGGUUCACCAUUACGUGGCGAUUGAAGAGAACCUGUCAGUCUCUUGGAAGAUGAUCACAUCUCUUCUCAUUAGUGUUUGAAUGGAAACAACAGUAAGGCUCAAGAUCACAUGGACUUGCCAGUUUCUGUCUUUAGUAAGGCUUUGCUACAAGCCGCCAUUUCUGAUGGGAACUCACUCAGAAUAUUACAAGCCAUCUUUAUUGCCAAAACCAGCAAGUACACAGAAUCCCGAGACAAGGCAAUUGUUGUGACAGUGCCUUGGCCUCCUGGAAGCAUGUCUGAGCCCUCCUGUUCCUGGGGAUCAUAAGAAACAAGCCCUCCUGAGCUGCUCAAAUUCCCGCCCGACCUCCUUCGCAGUCAUCUGUCCUUUCUUGGCGUGGGUGCUGACCUCACUUGUCCUUGGGGUUUAGGGCCUGGCAUCAGGGCCUCUCCACCCCAGGAUCCUCCAUGCCACAUGGUCACUGCUCUCCUCAGGGACCAGGACAAGGUGCUGCUGCUUGCCCACACUUUCCCCAUGGAACAUGUGUAAGAUAGUGGAGCCGUUACCCUGUUGCCUGUAAGGCCCCCGCUGGGGCUCCCAGCUGGGGUCAUGGUCUGGCUCGGGGCAGAUGCUCCUGUCCUGGACACCCCUCCAGAGAUUAUGCAGGGGCGUGGAGUUUAUAGUUUUGGCUAGACCUGUCACUUUAAGCUCUAGUCAUAGCACUUCUUCAGAGUCUCCAAGCACUGUUCUAGCCCAACUGGGGCAGCUGUAUCCCAGGGUGGUCUUUAGGCACCAGAGUCUUUAACAAGCAAAAAAACAAAACAAAACAAAACAAAAACAAAAAAAAAAACCCCAAACCAACAAAACCCCCUUUAGUACUGUGUGGUUUUCUAUUCCAGUUUACUCUCCUAACUAUCCAGAAGCAUUUCGCUCUCUUUUGCAUUUUCCUUUACCUUUUUUUUCUAAUACAGCUUGGCGCUAGCCACUGUGGGGAAGACAUACUGAAUGUGGGAGAGAUAGAACGAUGUGUUAUUUCUUGGGCAAUUUUCUAUUCAUAUUCCUUAUUUUGGCCAGUUUUUCUGUUAAUGCUUUGUGGCAUAGGCGCUUGGGAGGCCAGCCGCUCUCCCAGCGUUUGGCUUCUCAGUGUCCUUGAAGGAGACAAGUCAUGAAAUGGAAACCGAGAGUGUCGGCCUGGUUCUAGAAACUUGGCAGAGACCGAGCUCCGCUGCACAUUGUCAGGUCUGGACGUCUGCAGCUGAAGAUGUAAAUAUUUGUACAGUAAAUAAAAUGCCUACAAGAGUG